GCAGACAACAAAGAACCCGUGUUGGUCAGUUCUUUUCUGAGUGGAAGUUUUUAAACGCCGGCGUCCCACAAGGAACGAAACUUGGCCCGCUAUUAUUUUUGAUCAUGAUAAAUGACUUGGCUGUAGUGGAUGAAACUGUUAAAUUUGUCGAUGAUACUAGCCUUUGGGAAAUAAUAUCAAACAAUUCCCCUUCCCAGUUACCCGCUAACAUCAUCAGCUGCUCUGAAUGGUCAUCAGACAAUAAUAUGAAGUUAAAUGUAUCAAAGACCAAAGAAUUGCGUGUCUGCUUUUCUAAGCUUACUCCAUCGUUUGCCCCUAUUAACAUUCGCGGUCAAGAGGUCGACGUCGUUUCCGAGGCCAAACUAUUGGGCGUUGUCCUUUCGGACGACCUCAAAUGGAACUGCCAUAUUGACUACAUUUGCAAGAAAGCCGCGAAGCGUUUGUACGGUCUGCGCCUUCUUAAAAGAAAUGCUUUACCUUCUCAUAUUCUGAUCUCAACCUAUUGUACACAUAUUCGACCAAUUGUCGAAUAUGCUUGUCAGGUGUGGCAUUAUGGCCUUCCUCAUUACCUGAGUGAUCAAGUUGAAAAAAUACAAAAAAGGGCAUUAAAAAUUAUUUUCCCUGGAACUAUCUAUGCUGAAUGUUUGCUUAAAGCUAACUUGAUGACUUUUUACGAACGUAGAACUCUUCUUUGCAAGCGACUUUUUCGAAGAUGUUGGAACCCACUCAUAAACUGAAUGCCUUAGUACCGCCUAAAAGUCUUCAAACUUAUAAUCUGAGGUCUUAUCCCAACUUAUUAGUACCUAGGUGUAGAACUGAACGUUUUUCGAACAGUUUCAUUCCUGCUGCGUCUCGUGCUUAUAAUAAUAAGUAAACUUUAGAUUAUUAUCGUUAUUUUUAUCUAACUUACCUAUUUUUACCUGUAAAUAUAGAAUAGAUUAAAUACCUAUGUUCUUAUACCCUGUAAUUCCAAAGUAAUUCAGUUGUUACUGCUAGUUUGGAAAUUUAUAAUAAUAAUAAUAAUAAUAACAUACUUUGAGGUUACGUCUACUAAUAUAGAUACUAACACUAAAACAGUUUUGGGCUUGUCAUGGGACACAACUUCUGAUGAGUUUGUUUUUCGUUUUGACAACUUGUUGAGUAAAUGUUGUAGCAUGACACUAACUAAAAGGAAUAUUUUAAGUGUGUCGGCCUCUAUUUUUGAUCCUCUAGGCAUGCUUGCUCCGGUUACUGCAAAGCUUAAAUCAUUGUUUCGACUCCUUUGUAAGGACAAGUUGGAUUGGGAUGACGUAAUCCCAAAGGAACUUGAAGAAAUUUGGGGGAAAAUCAUAGGUGAUUUAAAGUUACUUAAGGAAGUUAGGUGCGGUCGGUUUGUUCGUAUUAGUAAUUUUCAUGCCGGUGUUCGUGUUGAGCUGCAUGGUUUUAGUGACAGCUCCAAGGAAGUUUAUUCUGCGGUUGUUUAUCUUCGGCUCAUUUAUGCCGGUGCUGUUAAAGUCAGUUUCUUAGCUUCUAAAACUAAGGUCGCUCCUUUAAAAGCCUUAACUAUACCAAAAUUGGAACUCUUAGGUUGUUUGUUGCUUAGUAAGUUGGUUAGCCAAAUAGUCACAAGUAUAGGAAGUCGAGUUGGUAUUAAUGCUAUUAUUUGUUGGUCUGAUUCGGAGGUUGCUCUAGCCUGGAUUAGGGGUAAGGAAAAAUCUUGGAAACCGUGGGUUGAGAAUAGAGUGGUUGAAAUACGGUAGGUGGUUGAUAGGGCUGGUUGGAGAUAUGUAAAGAGUCGGCUAAAUCCUGCGGAUGUGCCUACUAGGAUUUCUUCCAAUAUUUGUGAGUCUUUUACUGGUUGUUGGUUUGAGGGACCAUCGUUUCUUUUGUCACUAAAGGAUUAUGCUGAGGUAGAAGUUGAGAAUAGUGGUGGGGGUAAGAUUUCCCAGGCGGGAAUGGCUGAAGUGGCAAACUUCAGUAAUCAGACGCACAAGGGCCAAGAUAACCAAAAAUGUUCAUUAAGUUCUGUCAUUAACAGUAAUCGCUUCAGCUCGCUAAAAAAGCUUAUUCUGGUAACGGGUUACGUAUUACGAUUCGUGAACAAUUUACGAAAGAGAGUGAAAAGAGAAACAAAUUUGAUCACGGAGUAUAUGAUAACGGUCACUGAAUAUAACGAAGCUCUAAUUAUGUGGAUUAAAGAUGAACAGUUCCAGUUAAAGCAACAAGAUAAUUACUCAAAGCUCGAAGCAUCAUUACAUUUAUUUGAAGACAAGGACGGUGUUCUUCGAUUACGAGGUCGAUUCGCCAAUGCAUCGUUACAAUAUGAAGAACAGUAA